AUGACGAAGCUAAGAGCAAGGUCUCGCGUCAAGCGUCCUCAUCGACUUAUACACCCUAGGCGACCUCCCACGCAGCUUGCGGCAGAAGUCGAAAGACCUGAAAUGACACCCGACACAGAAAACGACCAUCACCAGUCCAGUGCCCCUAUGAAGGAUGCCGCCGAGGCCUCCAUGGAGACUACUGAUAUUUCUUUAGCCAGCAGUACUGGUGCUGAUUCCCCCCAAUCCACCCCAGCCAAAGCAGACAGAAUCCAGGCAGAGCAAUUCGGUUCAGACGCGAACAUUCCAUGCGAAACCAAUCAUGACGCAGAGUCUGACCACUUCUUGACCAUCUCCUUUCUUGAUGAUAAGAAUAAAGCGACAGCAGAAAAAUUCCCUGAGAAGGCCUUUGUAGAUGCAAUGGCGGGCAGCUGGGGACAUGGAGAUCACAUUAGAGAGCAGUACUGCAAGCAUCACAGAUACUGA